CCUCGAUUCUGUUCGCGCAGUCACAACUCGUUCGACCGUCGAACUGAACGCUUCCGCUUUGUGGAAAACGGGAAUACGAACGUGUCGAAGUUGACGUGCGCGCCUUUUCAUCGUUUUGCUGUCAUUAUUCGCGGAGAUCUUUUGUUCGUAGUUUUUGAAUUGAGACGGUGCACGUGUUUGCAGGAAUUUGCGCGACAUCUCAUUUCGUCAGUUCACGGUGGACGGUGUUCUCCCGCGGAAACAAGAACCAUGCGAUUUUCCUGGAUGUUCGUAGCCACGGUGCUGCUAGUUCUAGUCACCGAGGCGAGGUGUAAGCGAAAAUUUGAUGGGGAUUUCGAGUUUGCUGAAGAGGAUGACACGCGCAUAAUGAAAGUGGGAGAUAAGAAGAAAUGGAUACACGACCCAAAUAGUGAACUUUGUCGUCCACUGAAUUGCAAGAAGAAGGAUCUGUGUCUCCUCAAGGAUACAUUCACUGCUGUUUGCGUUUCCAAGAAGGAACUUGAAAAAUCAGGGGACAUAGUAAUCCCGAAAUCCAGGGCGGUUCAGCAGAAUCGACGGAUGAGAACGGAAACCUCGGUCGACACGGAGGACGAUGACGCGUUCUUCGAUUCCGAGGACGAUGACGAGGAUCAGGACGAGUCCAAAUGUCAAGAGUGCCCCGUGGUUAAGCCGACGUUCCUUUGCGGAAGCGAUAAUCGCACGUACAGCUCCCCAUGCCGGCUGGAAUACCACAAUUGCAUCCACCACACGUCGGUCCGCAUCGCCUGCAAAGGAUUCUGCCCCUGCAAAGCCUCUGAUCUUCGCGCCCACAACAAGAAGAUGCAACUGCAACGACAGAAAGCGCUUUCUGGCAAGAUGCGAAAUCGCGACAUAACGUUGACACCACACGUCUUUAACUACGACAAUCAUCAUUACCAAUACUUGAAAUAUUCGAAACGUGCCAAGGCACUGGCUGGAAGCAAGUACGACGACAAGCAUCUGAUGAGCAACGAAGUAAUGGAAAAGACUCCAUCCCCCUUAAAAUCGACGUACAACUCCCAAUCAUCGCGAAACUCUGAUUGCCCCCCGUCAUCCAAGCCUGCAAUGGCGAAUCGUCUCCUGGAUUGGUUCUCCGUCGUGAUGGCUGAUUCUAAACACCGUCGCCCUCAUCCUAAACCUAAAGGUCACUUCCCUAUCGGCUGCCAGAGCGAGGUCAGGUGGAUGUUCGGACAUUUGGACAGCGACAACGAUGGCAGGCUCUCUCUUUCCGAGUUGUACGGGCUGGAACACGAUCAAAACGAGCCGUGUCUGAAACCGUUCCUCGACGGUUGCGACACGGACAGAGACAUCUUUGUAAGUGGCCCAGAAUGGUGUGGAUGCUUUUCAAAGGCAGAACGCCCCUGCGCAGCUGUACGUAAACGAUCAUCACCCGACGUUGCACCUGCUUGUGAUUCUCGAGGGUAUUAUCGAAGCACCCAGUGCCAUCGUGGCCUGGGACUCUGUUGGUGUGUGGAUCCUCAUGGUGUGGAAUUCGCUGGGACUAGAACACGUGGCAGCAAGCCAGAUUGCGACACGAUCGUGAACAAGAUCAGCAACGGUGGAUUAAAGACGAACAGCGUGGAUUUGGACGACGACGAAGACGGUGGGACAGAUUCUGCCCAGGAUCUCGAAGGGUCCGCCGAUCAGCCAUUAGACUUUUAGAUUCCUUAGAAUCAGCCAGCGACAACAGAAACGGGAGCAGCAACUUAACGUGAUAUCGAACAGCCGGACGACACGAUUCCUCUUGUAAAAAAGGAGAAUUGAAAACCGUUCUCCCGGUUGUCCACUGAUUUCGAGUAUCGCCGUUGUGAUUGGAGGUGUCUUCAAAUGAAACAGGUCGGCGUAGGCUGCGACUCACGCGUGAACCUAAAAGUCAGAGGAGCAACGAAACAAGUAUUAACAAGGAUUAACGAGAUGUGACACGAGCAGCGGAUAACCUCUGGCAUCGUGGUUGCACGACUUGAAUAUAUUAAGUCCUCUUUGUCCAUUGGUCAUGAUCCUUAACCCGAGAAUGAUCAUUUUUUUAUAACGAUUAAUUUAACAUAUUAUUUUUGUUAAUUGGAACUAGUUUUAUAGAUUGAAUUUAAAUGAUGGAUAUUGUAUAAAUAUUUUUUUUUUAUUUUCUAUUUUUUUCUUCUCUUUUCUUUUUUUUUCUUUUGUUCAUAACACAAGUGCCAAACGGGUUAAGAAGCUGCUGAAUCGAAGAAUCGUAGGAUGCUUGUACAGUGCAAUAAUUAAAGGGCUACAUCGUGCAAUAACAAUCUCGUGUGACGCUCUAUUUUAAUCAAACACCCUAUGCAGGAGAUAUCGAUGUUCAACGCAGUGACAGAAUCGUCCUUAUAAUUUUAAUGAGAUACGUUGUACCCUGUGUGCCUGUCGAGGUACCUCCAUGCACAACUCUAUAAAUAAUAUAAUUAUAUACUAUUUAUGCAUUUACAAACUAGAAGUUUCGCGAGAGAGAGAAAGAGAAGAGAGAGAAAGAGAGAGAGAAAGAGAGAGAGAAAGAGAGAGAGAAAAAAAAACAAUGCAAUAGGAGAAAGGGAAAGAAGCUCAUCCUUCAUCGGGUAAAAUUCACAUGUCCACUCCACGACGUAUAGAAAUUAUAAUAUCUUUAAAAAAAAGAAAAAAAGAAAAAAAAAAAGAAAUACGAAAAAAGAAAGAGAAAAGAAGAAAAAUGCUCUAUGUAAUUAUGAUUUCUAAUUGCGCUAGAUUAACGAUAUCUCGAAUUAUAAUGUCUAAGCAUAAUAUAUAUAUAUAAAUAUACAUAUAAAUAUAUAUAUAUAUAUAAUACUGUCUAUGACUUACGAUAAUACAGCGGACGAAAACAAGCUGGCUGAGAGAGAAAAUCUGGCAGAUCGUCAGCAGAUGCGAAACGCGCGUCUAAUACAAUCUUAGAGAGAUGCACACGCUUGAACACGUAGGAUAUUAAACAGAAAAGUAUUUGCAUAGUCCGAAUCACGAACAUAGAUUUAAUUGAGCUCUCUCGUUAUAAAAACACUGAUUCGCUGAUUCUUAACACAAGAAAAUAUACGCCGACAGCAAAUAUA